UUCGCUGUGAUGUUUACUGGAGGCCAAGGGAGCUUGUCGAAUUGUUUGUCAUACAAAUUUUCUCGGAGAGCAAAGCUUUGUGCUCCACGAUCAGUGGUUGGCAUUUAAAACAGCGUGGGCUGUUGAGUAAACCACACCCCGUUUUUUUUAGUACUUUGGAGAACUGUCCGGAAUUUUUGGUGGAUACUCGUUUUUUGCGGACCUCAGCUGUGUCAAUUUCAGGCCUCCAUCACGUAAACUUGCCGAAUAUGCAGAAACCGCAACAAGGUCUGUGCUGGAUAUUGCUCCUCUUGGGGUCGCUGAUCGUUUCCUUCAUGCUUGCCUUCAGUUAUUGGAUGUUUGUGCCCCGCGAUGUGCAAUUUUGGUCAAUUUUAUCAAGGAACUACAGCGAUGCUGGGAUCAAGUUCUCCCUUCCUCCGGCUGCAGUUCCGGAGGAACUUGAACUAAAACAAAAACCCAUGUUCAUUUACCAGAUAUUACACUGAUUAGGAUUUACAAUUUAGAGUAUAUAUGCUAUGUAAUCUUACGGUAGUUUAACAAUAAAUUACAUGUACAAAGAA